AGUCGCCAUUUUAUUUGCUGAAGCUGCCUCGUUUUAUUGAAAAAUUUAAGAAUUUACUUCGUACUGUAUCUUAUUUUUCUUAUAUUAGUGUUAAUUUAAAUAUGUCCAAACGAAGGAUUGAAGUGAUGGAUCCGUUUAUAAAGAAAAAGAGAGAAGAGAAAGCAGCAGCGGCAGCAAAAUCUGGUGGCAGCGGGGAGACGUCAGACUCGGUUGCAACACUAGGAACUGCUCUCCCUCCGACCACAACUAGUACUCCUGGUAUAAACCAAUAUUCAGGCUCACCACAUACUCCACGUUACCACGAACUCCUGCGACGUCGUCUCGGCCUCCCGGUUUGGGAAUACAAAAACGACUUCAUGCGACUUUUGAACACGCACCAGUGUGUCGUGCUAGUCGGCGAAACGGGAUCCGGUAAGACGACUCAAAUACCCCAAUGGUGCGUGGAAUUCGCGGCCAACACGGCGGGGAAGUCCCACGGCGUCGCGUGCACGCAGCCCAGGCGGGUGGCCGCCAUGUCGGUCGCUCAGAGAGUCGCGGAGGAGAUGGACGUGCCGCUCGGGCAGCAGGUCGGUUACAGCAUUCGUUUCGAAGACUGCUCCGGGCCCCAGACCGUCCUCAAAUACAUGACAGAUGGUAUGUUGUUGCGUGAAGCGAUGUCUGAUCCGAUGUUGGAACAGUACAGGGUGAUACUCCUCGACGAGGCCCACGAGAGGACACUGGCCACGGAUAUCCUCAUGGGGGUGCUCAAAGAGGUUAUAAAGCAAAGGACAGACUUGAAGCUGGUCAUCAUGUCGGCGACAUUGGAUGCCGGGAAGUUCCAGCAGUACUUCGACAAUGCCCCCCUGAUGAACGUUCCCGGUAGGACUCAUCCCGUCGAAAUAUUUUACACACCCCAACCGGAGAGGGACUACUUGGAAGCGGCGAUACGAACCGUAAUACAGAUCCACGUAUGCGAGGAGAUAGCUGGGGACAUACUGCUGUUCCUCACCGGGCAGGAGGAGAUCGAAGACGCCUGCAAGCGGAUCAAACGGGAAAUCGACAACCUGGGCCCGGAAGUCGGCGAACUCAAAUGUAUACCGCUGUACUCGACGCUGCCGCCGAACCUGCAGCAGAGGAUAUUCGAGCAGGCGCCCCCGAACCGAGCGAACGGAGCCAUAGGACGGAAGGUGGUCGUGUCGACGAACAUAGCGGAGACGUCGCUGACGAUAGACGGCGUGGUGUUCGUGAUCGACACGGGCUUCUCGAAGCAGAAGGUGUACAACCCGCGCAUCCGCGUGGAGUCGCUGCUGGUGUCGCCCAUCAGCAAGGCGUCGGCGCAGCAGCGCGCCGGCCGCGCGGGCCGCACGCGCCCCGGGAAGUGCUUCCGCCUCUACACCGAGAAGGCCUACAAGCACGAGAUGCAGGACAACACGUACCCCGAGAUUCUGAGAUCAAACUUAGGAUCUGUAGUUUUGCAGUUGAAAAAGCUGGGUAUCGACGACCUCGUGCACUUUGACUUCAUGGACCCGCCCGCGCCCGAGACCCUGAUGAGGGCAUUGGAGCUCCUCAACUACCUAGCAGCGCUCGACGACGACGGUAACCUGACCGACCUCGGUGCUGUCAUGGCGGAGUUCCCGCUCGACCCCCAGCUCGCCAAGAUGCUGAUAGCCAGCUGCAACCAUAACUGCUCAAAUGAGAUUUUAUCUAUCACUGCCAUGCUUUCCGUUCCACAAUGUUUCGUCCGACCGAAUGAAGCUCGCAAGGCGGCCGACGAGGCCAAGAUGCGCUUCGCACACAUCGACGGCGAUCACCUCACUCUACUCAACGUGUAUCACGCUUUCAAGCAGAACAUGGAAGACCCCCACUGGUGCUACGACAACUUCAUCAACUACAGAUCACUUAAAUCCGGAGACAAUGUCAGACAGCAGCUGAGCCGAAUAAUGGACAGAUUUAACUUGAAAAGGACGAGCACAGAGUUCACGAGCAAAGAUUAUUACAUUAAUAUAAGGAAGGCACUUGUCAACGGUUUCUUUAUGCAGGUCGCUCACCUAGAACGUACAGGACACUAUCUAACAGUUAAGGAUAACCAGGUGGUCCAGCUUCAUCCGUCGACGUGCCUCGACCACAAACCGGACUGGGUUAUUUACAAUGAAUUCGUACUUACAAGUAAAAAUUACAUUCGUACCGUCACAGAUAUCAAACCGGAAUGGUUGUUAAAGAUUGCACCGCAGUACUACGAGCUAAACAAUUUCCCGCAGUGCGAGGCGCGGAGACAGCUGGAACUCUUACAGGCCCGUCUGGAUUCGAAGGCCUACCAAGAGGGAUUCUAAGGUUACCCUGAGUGACCUCAGGGCACGUGGUAUACCUAACUGUGACAGACUUGACCGUUAUAAAGAACAUUGGAUUCAAUUGAUUAUAAUAAAAAAAAUGUUUUUAUUACUAAGUAUUAGUGUUGGGACGAAUAUGUUUUAAAUAUGUAAGUAUUCGUUAAAGUUUUAUUACGGUAUAUUCAAUGAAUGUAUUAAAACUUGUAAAUUUCCCACUGCUGGGCUAAGGCCUCCUCUCCCUUUGAGGAGAAGGUUGAGAGCAUAU